AUGGAUAUUUCGAGGCUCAAGGUCGCAGUGCCAAGCUACCAAAUCACCGAGGAGAAUGGUCCGGUGGCCUACGCCAUCGCCGUAGAGUACGGCAAGCUGUCGUGGGAUGUCUGGCGUCGUUACAGUCAGUUCGCCCAACUGUACCGGGCCCUAGAUCGAGAUGGCUACUGUGCGCUGCCGCCUCUGCCAGGCAAGACACUCGCCGGAGCCCCGUACGAUCCCCGGCUGUUGGCGGAUCGACGACACAGGCUGCAGUAUUUUCUCCUGGCCAGUCUGAACGUUCCGCCGUUGCGCCCGUGGUGCGUGUGCACCACCGGUGCACAGCGCUUCGCCGUCUCUUCGCUUGUCUAUUCACGCUCGAGCAGGGUCGUCAUCGUUGGGCAUGAAGAUAAAACAGGGUUAUCCCGUCUCGGACGUCUCUGGAGUCUCGUGGAACCGGACGAGUUCGGCAUGAUCAACGUCUGGGCCGUUGAUUCCAACAUGGACUCUCCAUCCCUCAUGCAGUCCAUCAAGACCCAACCGAAGGUUCGUUGCAUGUUUUACGAUGAGCCGAGCAAUCAACUCUUCGUCGGACAAGAUGACGGCAAAGUUUCGGUGUACGUCUUGGACACUGACGAGUUGAAACUAGAGAAGAUCAAAGACCUCGAUCUCCACACGGCAGCUGUCAUGCACCUGGCUCAAGGAAAAUCGAAGCAGAAGCGGCUUCUGUCUCUCGGCUUCGACGGCGCGAUUCGCGUCAUCGACAUCGCCACACAUCAGAUGCUCUCAGGCGGGCGACUGACGCGGCGGCUGGGAGCGGGAGCGCACCUGACCGUCGGGCACUUUGACGACGAGACCGACACAGUGUAUCUAGGGACGUCGGGGGGCCAAGUUCUUGUAUUUGCAGUAAAAAGCAAUCCCCCCUCGUUCAUUCAAGGCCUUACAGUCCACCCGGUCUAUCCAGUGGAGACGCUUAUUGUCGAUAAACAGUACAUGUUCCUCGGCCAUGGAGAGUACGUGUCGGUGAUAAGCGUGGAGCAGAGGCGUACCGAACAGAAGUUCUCGAAAGUCGCCGUGCUGACGCUAAAGGAGAACCCGUCCCCAGUACUCUCCAUGGUCUACGACCCAACCGAGAAACGGCUCCUCGUCGGCUACGAUCCGGCGAUCGCGUGGUGGUCAAUUGAAAGCGGCCAACCUCUCUGCGUAUGGGAAGGACACGGCGGAGGGGUUCAUCAGCUGCUGCUCACAGACCGGAGUGACAUUAUCAUUUCCGGAGGAGAUAGUGGCAACACCAAGGUGUGGCGACUUCCGCCGGCUCAGGAUCUCCGUCUCUGGCAGCCGCCGGCUGCAGAGGAGCAACGCGGCGGAGGAGAGUCGGUUAGCGGCUGGCGAGAGGCAGACGAAACCACGAGUUUCUCUUUGACGCGAGAUGAAGAUGAAGACGAAUCGAUGCAAGUGGGGUUUGCUCAUCAGAAGCGGCCUGGGACCCACCAUCCGCAGGGAUACGAGCCAGUGGCCAUCGGGCGCAGCAGCAACAGCCAGAGUCCAUGCGGUGCUAAAGACGUUUUUGGCGUCGUCCAGUCAGACGACUAUGACACAGCGGAGAGAAGUGGUCACGUGAGGGCUGCUAAUGGGAGAGGGACAAGUCGAUCUGCUCUGUGUAGGGAUGAUCCCAUAGGCUCACGAACUACAGGAGACGAGGAGGGUGAAAACGCCCUUCCAGCGUCAGCAUCAGCCCUGAGCAGCUCUGCUGCCCCAUCGAAAGAAAAAUUCCCGACGCCAUUCGAACCGAAAAGUGACGACGAUGACGAGGAUUUGGAUGACUUACGCAGUGCCUUUUCAUAA